AUGACAGCGGGAAUCGAGGAAGAGAAGGCGGCUCCCCCUCUCGAACCCUCCCCCAUUCGAUGGGGCCGGCCGUACGAGGAAUUGACAUCGGAUGAAAAGGCUGGUGCCUGGUUUACGGACGGCUGGAGCCGUUGGGUGUCGGGGCGCCAACGGUGGAAGGCCGCUGCCCUGCGACCCUCCGACGAUGCUCAGUUAAUACAAGAAGGAGAGGGCGGAUCCAGUCAGCUGGCGGAACUUGUGGCGGUUACCCUGCCCUCUUCACUCCCCACCAAGGAAAUUAGAAUAUAUACCGACUCGCGGGCGGUGGCCAAUGGAAUGGCUAUCUGGAUGGUGAGCUGGCAGAUGCACCAGUGGACAGUUCAUAAUAAACCUAUCUGGGGCAAGGAAUAUUGGCAGCAGAUAUGGCAAGAGGUGCGGAGGCGUGAUAUUUAUGUGUAUCCUGUGAAUGCUCACCAGGAGGACAUUAGCCCUACCACGCUCUACAAUAGUUAG